AGGAUGUUCUAUCGGUUCGGGUGUUUGUAGUAAAAACCCGUCUUAAGAGCAUCUUACCCAUUAAACCGCUUGAAAAAGAUAUGAUGAUUUUUCCUAGUAUGCCUAAAGUCCUUGAACUGGCUAAAAAGAAGCCAUGUGCAAUAAAACCACUUAUUGAUAUUAAAAAUAAUAUCCUAAAACAACAUC